CCCGCAUCUCUCCAUAUCUCAUGUGAAUUAUAUGUUGGAUCAGUUUCAGUUGCUGUUUCCCUCUGUUAUGGUGGUGGUGGAGACAAUAAAGUCCCAGAAGGUAAGGGCAUUACAAUGGAGACAAUACAGUCCCAGAAGGUAAGGGCAUUACAAUGGAGACAAUACAGUCCGAAGGUAAGGGCAUUACAAUGGAGACAUAAAGUCCCAGAAGGUAAGGGCAUUACAAUGGAGACAAUACAGUCCCAGAAGGUAAGGGCAUUACAAUGGAGACAAUACAGUCCCAGAAGGUAAGGGCAUUACAAUGGAGACAAUACAGUCCCAGAAGGUAAGGGAUUACAAUGGAGACAAUACAGUCCCAGAAGGUAAGGGCAUUACAAUGGAGACAAUACAGUCCCAGAAGGUAAGGGCAUUACAAUGGAGACAAUACAGUCCAGAGGUAAGGGCAUUACAAUGGAGACAAGACACUAGUCCCAGAAGAUAAGGGCAUUACAAUGGAGACACAAGUAUUCACUCUCCUUCUGAUAUGACUGAGAAAUCACACAAACACAAUUACUUUGGAGGAAAUGAUUUAAGACACUCAUAAAGCACUUUUCAUACACCAUAGCACUCUCCAAAAACUAUUGUGUUCUCAAAGUCUAAGGGUCAACACAUUUCUGAUGUGCCUUAGUUUUGAAUUUUUUUGUAACAAAACCAUCUUUCUCCCAAUUUAAAGUUCAUCAAAAUGGUGGCUGCUGUGGUACAGGGGCACAAAGUUGUCACAUCGCUCAGAGCAGAGUGCAUCAUGGGUAGGCACAGUUGAAUCAAUUAGUGUGGAAUAUGGAAAUGAGGUCAUAUCCUGUCUGUCCUAAUUAGAUCCACGGCUGUCAGAUCCUGGAGACGGUGUACAAGCACAGCUGUGGAGGUCUGCCCCCUGUUCGCAUGGCCCUGGAGAAGAUCCUGGCGGUGUGCCACGGGGUGAUGUACAAGCAGCUGGCGGCGUGGAUGCUGCAUGGUCUGCUGCUGGACCAGAGUGAGGAGUUCUAUGUGAAGCAGGGGCCCAGCGCUGGAGGGGCCGCCGCCAACCAGGAGGAGGACGAGGAGGACCUGGGGAUUGGAGGCCUCAGCGGUAAACAGCUGAAAGAACUACAGGACCUGAGGCUGAUAGAGGAAGAGAACAUGCUGGCUCCGUCCCUGCAGCAGUUCUCUCUGCGGGCUGAGAUGCUGCCCUCCUACGUCCCCAUCCGYGUGGCUGAGAAGAUCCUCUUCGUGGGGGAGUCCGUCCAGAUGUUUGAGAACCACAACCACAGCCCGUCCAGAGCUGGCUCUAUACUGAAGCACCAGGAGGACAUGUUUGCUACAGAGCUGCACCGUCUCAAACAGCAGCCCCUCUUCAGCCUAGUGGACUUUGAGAACCUCAUAGACGGCGUCCGCAGCACCGUGGCAGAGCCCCUGUGGACAUUAAUGGUGGAGGAAUCUGAUCUCCUGGGGCAACUGAAGAUCAUAAAGGACUUUUACCUGUUGGGCCGUGGUGAGCUGUACCAGGUGUUCAUUGACCACGCUCAGCACAUGCUCAAGACCCCACCCACGGCUGUCACUGAACAUGAUGUAAAUGUGGCCUUUCAGCAGGCUGCCCACAAGGUGUUGUUGGACGACGACAACCUCCUGCCUCUCCUGCACCUCACCAUCGACUACCAGGGGAAGGAGAGCAAAGAUGCCACAGGGACCAGGGAAGGGGCCACUCCCCCACAGGAGUCCUCCCCCAGGGAGGUGCCCCCUACGGGCUGGGCUGCUCUGGGCUUGGCCUACAAGGUCCAGUGGCCCCUGCACAUCCUCUUCACCCCKGCCGUUCUGGAGAA